CCGAGUCCCGGUGUCGAGCCGCCAUUUCUGCUUCAGAGGACGAGCCGGCUUGUCCGGAACGACAGACCCGGGAACCAUGUUGACGAUGCUGACCUCCAUGUACCUGAUGGUGCAGGCGGUGUCCCCGCGGUCCAAACCAAUCCGUGUUGUGGUGACCGGCGCUGCUGGCCAGAUCGCCUACUCCCUACUGUACAGCAUCGCCAAGGGAGACGUGUUCGGGAAGGACCAGCCAAUCGUCUUGGUCCUGCUGGACAUCCCCCCCAUGCUGCCGGUGCUGGAUGGAGUCGUCAUGGAGCUGCAGGACUGUGCCCUCCCACUGCUGAUGGAGGUGAUCCCCACCGAUACGGUGGAGGUCGGCUUCAAGGACAUCGACGCCGCCAUCUUGGUGGGCUCCAUGCCCCGGAAGGAGGGCAUGGAGAGGAAGGACCUGCUGAAGGCCAACGUGGCCAUCUUCAAGACGCAGGGCGCCGCGCUGGACAAGUUCGCCAAGAAGACCGUGAAGGUGGUUGUCGUCGGAAACCCGGCCAACACCAACUGCCUGAUCGCCUCCAAGUCGGCCCCGUCCAUCCCCAAAGAGAACUUCUCCUGCCUGACCCGGCUGGACCACAACAGGGCCAGCUCCCAGGUGGCGAUGCGUUGCGGCGUGUCGGCCGACAAGGUGAAGAACGUGAUCAUCUGGGGGAACCACUCCUCCACCCAGUACCCCGACGUGCACCACGCCAAGGUGGAGGUGGGCGGCGCCGAGACGGCCGCCUACGACGCCGUGAAGGACGAGGCGUGGCUCCGGGGAGACUUCAUCUCUACGGUGCAGCUGCGCGGCGCCGCCGUCAUCAAGGCCAGGAAGCUGUCCAGCGCCAUGUCGGCCGCCAAGGCCAUCUGUGACCACGUGAGGGACAUCUGGUUCGGCACCAAGGAGGGCGAGUUCAUCUCGAUGGGCGUGUACGCCGCCGGGAACUCGUACGGCAUCCCAGAAGACCUCAUCUACUCCUUCCCCAUCGAGAUCAAGAACAAGACCUGGAAGCUGGUCGGCGGACUCCCCAUCAACGAAUUCUCCCGCGCCAAGAUGGACGCCACGGCGGCCGAGCUGGUGGAGGAGCGCGACACCGCCGUGAACUUCCUGUCCCAGUGACUGGCGCCCCCUGCUGGCCAGCAGCCACGCGUAGACCCCCCGAAGGCUCUCAGCUCGCGGCUCUGACGAAGAAACAACGACCCUCCACUCUUAACCACUGGCGUCUGUGUGUCCCCCACCUCUCCUUCAGUGUGUGUGUGUGUGUGUGUGUGUGUGUGUGUGUGUGUGUGUGUGUGUGUGUGUGUGUGUGUGUGUGUGUGUGUGUGUGUGUGUGUGUGUGUGUGUGUGUGUGUGUGUGUGUGUGUGUGUGUGUGUGUGUGUGUGUGUGUGUGUGUGUGUGUGUGUGUGUGUGUGUCGCCUGUUGAACCACCACAUCAUGGCCGCCACCGAGAGAAUGUCUCUGUUUGGUAGAUGAUGAAACACUAGCUGCCCCAAACAACUGUAACAGAAACGUGUUGUCACCAAUAAAACAACAACA